CGUAGGGGAAAUCCUGAUCUUAUAAAGGGAACACGAUCUUCUAUUACACCGGCAGCAAUAGAAAAUGGAGCUGUUUGUAGUAAGCCACUUGCUGGCUUGCUGCUUCUUACAGGCCUGGGCAGCAGAUAGGGAAUAUUACAUUGGGAUUACAGAAACGGAUUGGAAUUAUGCUCCCGGGACAAAGAACAUCAUAUCUGGAAAUCCGUUUUCAGAAGAUGAGCAAGCUGCUGUCUUUCUCCAACAAGGCCCAGACCGGAUAGGAAGCACAUACAAAAAAGCUGUGUACAUGCAGUUCACAGACAACUCAUACAGCCAUAUUAUUGCAAAACCGCCUUGGCUGGGCUUCCUGGGUCCCAUUCUUAAAGCAGAAGUUGGAGACACACUCAUCAUCCAUGUAAAGAAUUUUGCGACAAGGGCCUACACACUCCACCCCCAUGGUGUCAAAUACACAAAAGAAAACGAAGGUGCAUUAUAUCCUGACAACACCUCAGGUUUGCAAAAGAAAGAUGAUGCCGUGCAACCAGGAGAACAGUAUGUGUAUAGAUGGGAGGUAACUGAAGAUCAUGGUCCAGCAGCAGGUGAUAAUAACUGUGUGACCAGAAUUUAUCACUCACAUAUAGAUGCCCCAAAGGAUGUUGCUUCUGGGCUCGUUGGACCUCUGCUCAUUUGCAAGAAAGGUACACUGCAGGGUGGAAAAGAUAAGGAUGUCGACCGAGAAUUUGUCCUGAUGUUUUCUGUGGUAGACGAAAACUUCAGCUGGUACUUAAAUGAUAAUAUCAAGAAAUACUGCUCUGAACCUGACAAAGUUGACAGGAAUGAGGCCUUCCAAGAGAGCAACAAAAUGCACUCAAUCAAUGGAUAUAUGUAUGGGUAUCUUCCCAAUGUCACAAUGUGUGCGGAAGAAAAUGUGAAGUGGUAUCUUUUUGGAAUGGGUAACGAAGCCGAUAUCCAUUCAGCCUAUUUCCAUGGGCAAGUCUUGACAGAAAGGAACCAUCGAAUUGACACGAUCAGCCUCUUCCCGGCUACCUUCGUGGAUGCUCUCAUGGUGCCAAAGAACGAUGGGCAGUGGCUGCUUAGCUGUCAAGUCAAUGAUCACAUAGAAGGCGGCAUGCAGGCCAUUUUUGAGGUGAAAAACUGUAAUGGCCAUAUCCCCUCUCCCAAGAAGAGCACUAUAGCAAGGCACUAUUACAUUGCAGCAGAGGAACAUGUGUGGAACUAUGGCCCAUCUGGAAUAAAUAACUUCACAGGGGAACCAUUAAUUCUGGAUGAGGAGUCCAAGACAUUUUUUGAAAAAAGUGAACAAAGGAUUGGUGGAUCUUACAAAAAAGCUCUUUUCGUUGAGUAUACCAGCAGUGAAUUUUCACAGCGCCGGAAGAGGCUCCCUAGUGAAGAACAUCUUGGGCUUUUAGGACCUGUCAUGAGGGCAGAAGUUGGUGAGACCAUCCAGGUGACCUUUCUAAACAGGGCAACACACCCUUUCAGCAUUCAGCCGCAUGGGCUGAGCUACAACAAAGACAAUGAGGGUGCCUUCUACAACACCAUCUCUGGAGGACCUGCAAGCCCAUCCUCGCAUGUGAAUCCUGGAGAGAAAUUCACUUAUGAGUGGGAGGUUCCUGAAACUGUGGGUCCUACUCCGGACGAUCCAGAUUGCCUUACUUGGAUUUAUUAUUCAGCAUCGGAUUCAAUCAAGGACACCAGCUCUGGCCUAGUGGGCCCAUUCUUGGUGUGCAGGAAAGGAUCACUGCUUCCUUCAGGGAAACAGAAAAAUGUAGACAAGGAGUUUUUCCUCCUCGCCACAGUAUUCGAUGAGAAUCUGAGCUGGUAUCUGGAUGACAAUAUUGCGCUAUCUGUAGGAAAUCCUACGCAGAUUAAUAAGGAGGAUGAAGAUUUCCAGGAAUCCAACAAGAUGCAUUCCUUAAAUGGAUACAUGUAUGGAAGCCAGGAAGGCCUUGAGAUGUGUAGUGGAGACACCGUUUCGUGGCAUUUGAUUGGCUUGGGUUCAGAGGUUGACAUUCAUGGAAUACAUUUUUCAGGAAAUACCUUUUUGACUAAAGGAGGAAGAAAGGGUACAGCUAAUCUCUUUCCACAUAGCUCUCUCACAGCUCUUAUGAAGCUUGACUCAGAAGGGGUAUUUGAAGUGGCCUGCAUGACUACGGAUCAUUUCACAGGGGGUAUGAGACAAAACUAUGAAGUGAGGAAGUGUGCUUCAUCACCAGAGGAUAAUGAGGUAUAUACCCAUGAAAAGACCUAUUACAUUGCAGCAGUAGAAAUAGAAUGGGACUAUUCCCCCAGCAGGACCUGGGAGCAGGAGAGGCAUCACUUCCAUGAUGAAAGCCCAGGGAAUCCAUUCUUAAAUAAAAAUGAUAAUUUCAUUGGGUCAAAAUACAAGAAGGUUGUUUAUCGAGAAUAUACUGACAAAUCAUUCAGCACCGCCAAAGAAAGGAAGGAAGAAAAAGAGCACCUGGGAAUUCUAGGUCCACUACUCGUUGCAAAUGUUGGGGAUAAAAUCACAAUUAUUUUUAAAAACAUGGCCUCCAGACCUUAUUCUAUUCAUGCACAAGGAGUGAAAACUGACUUUGCGGAAGCAGCUGAAACCAGUUCAGGUGCAGUCAGAGAGUAUGUCUGGAAAAUACCAAAGAGAUCUGGUCCUGCUGAAGGGGAUUCCGACUGUAUCCCUUGGGCAUAUUACUCAGCUGUGGAUAAAGUUAAGGACCUCUACAGUGGAUUAAUCGGGACACUGCUAGUCUGUCGCAGGGAGCAUGUGCCCUUACUUUCCACAUCUGCACAGCCGAUACAAUUUAAUGUUCUUUUUUUGGUGUUUGACGAAAACCUGUCUUGGUACCUGGAUGAAAAUAUCAACACUUACGCCGUCAACCCAGAAGGCGUGAACAAAGAAGACGAGGAGUUUAUCGAAAGCAAUAAGAUGCACGCCAUUAACGGAAAGGUGUUUGGAAACUUGCAUGGCCUUACAAUGCACGUUGGAGACAAAGUCAGCUGGUACUUAAUGGGGAUGGGGAACGAAGUGGAUAUGCACACAGCACAUUUCCACGGCCACAGCUUUGACUAUAAGAACACCAGAACCUACCGGGCUGAUGUCUUUGAUCUGUUUCCUGGGACUUUUCAAACUGUUGAAAUGAGGCCCAAGUAUCCUGGGACUUGGUUAUUGCACUGUCAUGUGACCGACCACAUCCAUGCUGGCAUGGAGACCACCUACACUGUGCUCCCAGAACAAAGAAAUAAGUCCAGCAGCAGGGAUCCCACCCUCUACCUCACCUCCAUGAUUCUGUUGUUUUGUGUAGCAUUUCUAUGAUUCCACCAAGUGCUGCUGCUUCCAUCCGCCACUCAAGUUCCUACCCCUGGACUUUUAACAUCCCCUGAGCCUAUUUUUCUAUUGCUUAUUUCCACACCAAGAAGGGAUUCACCUGCUAAUCUCUUCCACUGUGCUACGUUUAUUGUUGUUGUUUAGUCGUGUCUGACUCUUCGUGACCCCAUGGACCAGAGCACGCCAGGCACGCCUGUCUUCCACUGCCUCCCGCUAUAAAUGAAACCGUGGUGGGGGGAACUGCCAGCAACAACAUUUAAACAACGCACACGCUAAAUAAAAGACAGCCAAUCUACUCAA